AAGUCAACGGCGUCAAUGGGUGCGGGCGAGAGCGUCCCGCGCGAGGUGCCCGCGGCCGUGCCCGCGCCCGAGCCCGCGCCGCUGCCCGCGCACGCGGCGCCGCUGGCCGUCCACGUGGCGCGCCUGUCGCCCGACCACCCCAUCGCCGAUGACGCGCCGCAGGCGGCCGAAGGAGGCGGCGAGGCAUCUGAAGCCGAGAACGCGCCGCGUGGCGAAAGACUCGACAAACAGCUCGGCGCGCGACUCGACAAUGCACUGCGGUUAGCCGGCGACGCCACCGCGCCCGGGCCCGAGGCCCAUGCUGACGCAGUCAACUUGCUCACCACAGUGCUACGCGGCUGCACGGGCGUGACGGUCCGCGGCGUGAACGGCAGCGUGCACCCGCAACAGGCUCUAGUGGGCGUGGCCUGCGCCGCCGCCGCCAAGGGCUCGCCGCAGCCGCACGACGAGCUGCCGCGCGCCGCCACCGGCUUCCUGGCCAGCCUGGCGCUCGCCUACCACGACCCGCGAGCCGUGGACGCCGCGCUGGAGCACCUAGCUCGCCUCGCGCAAGGUCGCUCGUGGUGGGCGCGGCUGGCGAGCGUGGAGUUCGCGCAGCCGCUGCUGUUCUACGCGCUGCCGUUACUGUGCGCGCGGCCCGAGCGCGCCGUGCUGGCUGAGGAGUUCACGCUGCGACUCAUGAGGGAUCCACGCCUCGAGGUGCGUCAAGUGGCAGCGAAGCUCCUGACCGGGCUCAUGCACUGCCGCGCGCUGCCCGACGAGGGCNUCACCUAGAUUGCG